AUGUCGAGUACUAGCGCAACUACCGCUUAUAUAUCUUCAUUGCAGUACACAUCGGGAGAAAUAACUUUGUCGAUGUCAAUUGUGAUUCUUAUCUCUGGUAUUGUUGGCAACGUUUUGAAUUGUUUCGUAUUUACGCAACGAUGUAUACGUUCCAAACCGUGUGUGCUCUGUUUUCUUCUGGCUAGUAUAUUCAAUUUGAUUGCAAUUGUGUCGGGUGUUCCACCACGUGCGCUUCAGAGUUGGUUUAUGAUAUCUGAUCAAACGGAGACAGUAUCCGUACUUUGCAAACUACGAAUAUUUGUCCUAUUUACAAGUCGAACAAUUGCUUCAUGGCUUCUCAGUCUUGCUACCAUCGAUCGUUACUUGAUUUCAAGCCGAAAUCUUCGUCGACGUCAACUCAGCAAUAGAAGAAAUGUUUUUCUGUCAAUGUUGAUCAUUAGCAUCCUAUCUUUACUUUUUUGGGCUGAAACUAUCUACUGUUUCGAUGCUAAUCUCGUUGGCACUCCUCAAAAAUGUUAUGCAAAGUCCGAUACUUGCCGCGUAUUCAAUGAUUUAAGUCAGUCGCUUAUUACCACGGUGAUACCAGUCAUCGUAAUACUCAUAUUUGGUUUGUUUACAAUUUCUCACGUUCGAGAUAGCCGACAAAUUCAAGCAUCUCAAAUCACCACAACCAACAGCAGUACUCGACGCAAUAGGAAAGACGAACGUAGUCUAACUUUGAUGUUAGUGGCCCAAUGUCUUCUUCUGGCGAUAUUUACUUUUCCCCAAGCAGUACAGAAAUGUUAUCUAACUUAUACAUUCUAUCAAACAAAAUCAUCAACUCAAAAAGCAUUAGAAAGUUUACUUUUCAAUUUUGUUCUUCUGCUCACCUACAUUCCAAGUUGCAUGCCGUUCUAUUUAUAUACAAUCACGGGCACUGUGUUCCGAAAAACUCUAGUUACACUAGUGAAAAAGAUUACUUGUUUUAUUUAG